AAUACUCUAACUUCCCACUCCCCCCACUCCUCUCCCUCUCCCCCUCUCUCUCACUCACACAGUUAACAAUAUUCAGCAAGUCGUCUACUUUUCAAGCUGUUUGCCUCUGUGUCCUGUUAAGUGUUAGUUUGAUAAGGUUUGUUAGUGAGUGACUUUAGGUCUACCUGAAUUCAAAAAGACAAUAUUAUAUCUACAAGUAUCUUAAUCUCAGAUUCUAUCUUCCAUGGCUCUAAGCUUUUGUUCAAACUUGGGCUCAUCGCUUCAGCAUCACAACCUUCAAGAGUUGACAGAAUAUCCACAAGGCGACAUAGAGAUAGGAAAUGAUCAGCUCUUUGCUUGCAAUGACAACAUGAUGUUUUCAGAUGCUUUCAUCAACCCUUUGUAUGAGGUUGAGGAGCAGCUAGUUUACUCGGAUAGCUACACCGAUCUCCUCCCAUAUUUCUCUUCUCCUUCAGAUAACAUAAUCUCUCUCUCCCCCGAAAUCUUUCCUCUCCAAGAUUUUGAGUCCUACCACUACCCGAAACGCCCAAAAACCUACACAGAUCAUUUCAACUCAACUUUUGAACCGAAUUUCUUCGAAGGAUAUGCUCCGAAUCCCAAUCCAGGACUCCCAGAAUUAUUUCCAGAAAUCCCAACCCCGGAACCUAAGUUUCAGGUUCCAAUAACGUUCAAUGUUGGGAGGACUGAUCAGAGUGUGAUGAAUUCAAAGAAACCAAGUACUGGAGUGAGCUUGUCUACACAGAGCAUCGCUGCGCGUGAGAGGAGAAGGAAGAUAACCGAGAAGACACGGGAGCUUGGAAAGUUUAUUCCUGGUGGGCAUAAGAUGAACACUGCUGAGAUGUUCCAAGCUGCUUCCAAGUAUGUCAAGUUCUUGCAGGCUCAAAUUGGAAUUCUUGAACUCAUGGGGUCAACUCAGGAAAACAAAGGGCCAAUGCACACACAGGAACUUCAAACUCUCCUUGUAACAUCUCCAGCAAUUCAAGAGAAGUUGUACUCAGAAGAGAAAUGCUUGGUUCCAAGAGAUUUUGUCCAAACCAUUGCUAACGAUUGCCAAAUCCAAUCAAAACCCUUGGUCAUUGAGGAGAUUGAUCAGUUGUUGGGGGGUCAAUUGCUUGGAUAGUUGAUAGCAGUUGGAUCAGUCAAGAGGGUGCAUUUUUUGUGUGCUUUUUGCUCAUGUCUAAGUAGAAUCUGUUGAUAAUUUUUUUUCCUGCCCUAAUUAUAUAUCUUCAGUUUAGUUGCUAAUUGUUAACUUUCCUUGUUGUAAUGUUAGCAAUAGGUGCUGACUGUCAAUCUUCCUUUUAGUUUUAGGUCCUAAUUUUAUCAAUUUCUUGUAAAUUUCUUGUUUUCAUGAAAUGUAUUGAUUAAUUUCCUUUAUUUUAAGAUUUUUCCUUUGAUUGAUGUAAAA